AUGACCCUCCUAAAGGUAUUUACCAGAUCAGUGCAUCAUAAACUACCACCUGCAAAGUAUCCCAAAGUUAAGGUUGACUCAGUUGAACUUAAUCCACCAAAGUAUGGUUUUCGUAAAGUGAGGCCUCCCAUUUUGGCACAAUCGCCAACAACAACAUUAUUCCCCAAUUCAGAAUUGGCAAAGCUUUACGUUGAACAUGGAAAGCCAAUACCUAAUAGAUUCAUUAGUCAAACGGAUUCAGAAAAAGCUCGUGCCCAGUUUGAAAAAUUCCAACACGAUUUAGCUAUGGAUGAACCUCAUUUUACUCAAGGUGAAAAUAAAGUAUAUUUACCUGGUGGAAGAAUAUGUCUCUUGCGUCCCAAUGCCAAGCAUACCCCAUAUCAAGCAAAAUUUUUGGUGCCCAAAUCAAUGAAUAAAAUGGAUUUAAGAGAUUAUUUGUGGAAUAUUUAUGGCUUAAGAGCAUUAAACAUAACAGUACAAUUACAACCAGCCAAAUGGACAAGAAAUAUCAAUGAUUUGGCUAGACAUAGAGUUCCCCAGUUGAAGAAGAUGACCAUUGAUAUGGCUGAACCAUUUGUCUGGCCAGAAGUGCCUCAAAAGAAGGUUGACGAUUUGAAAUUACAACAAAAGAAUAGUGAAGAGAUUGUAAAGCACAAUAUGGCCAGUGGUGCCGACAAAAAUAAGCCAUUAGAGGCAUAUGAUGGAUUAUUUGAAGAGCCAAGUAAAACUGAAAGAUUCAUUCCAAAACUGGCUAAAAGAGGAAAGUUUGACAAGUUGCACCAGACACGUAGUCAAGUGUCAAAUUACCUAGGAUUGUAA